AUGCCAUCCCUGCCAAUCUCUCCUAGCCAUCUGAAGUUCUUGGGCACCCUAGUGCCCGCUGUCGCCGUGCCGCUGAUCUACGUGCUGCAUCUCAAGCGGCGGUUCAACCUGCUUACUACGACAUGUGCCGUGGUGGGCUCCCCAGACACCGUGGUGUUGGCGAACGCUGGCGGCGCCGGACGGAACGUUGCCCGCGGCGUGGGAGACCCCGAGACUCGUGACCGCGAGAUCCUACCGGCUGAGGUACGGGAUGCACCGCAGCACUGGAUCGUGGCGCGCGAGAGCGUGGUCUCUCGCCACGUCCCAGCCACAGACUUGAAUCCCCAGUUCCUAUGCCCGGAAGGUAACGGCGACGGCGACGGCGAGAGGGGCAAGGCGUUUCACGGCAUGGUGGAGGCGUAUAUCAGCAGAAGCAUGCGGCUCUUCAAUCACACGCCGCAGGCUUGGUUCAUGCGGCGUGCCAUCACGGAUCACGAGGCACGAGAGACCUUCGACGCUGAGUAUCUGGACCAAUGCCGUUUCGAAGUCGGCGACCGGGUGUGUGGUGUCUACGUCGUGAGCUCUCGGACCCGCCAUGCAGGCGGCGAGACGGUGAUCCUGAGCCUCUCGCCCCCAGGGGGGUGGACUGGGCCCGUUGUGCAGGGGAAUCUUGUCGUGGGAUACGAGCGAGAGGAUCGGGAAGCGGUAGGGUAUGGUAUCAGGAUCACGAACGAGACAGUGCUCUGGAGGAGGAAGUCGGAGAAGCCGGUGUUCCUCGAGGCCGCCCUGGGCCGCUGGCUACACGCCUUCAUGGUGCAGUGGAUGGUUGUAAAGGGGGUCGAGGAGUUGACUAACGGCAAUGGUGUCAAGAGCAAGGUUUCUUGA